AUGGGUCGCUUUGCGCCGGACAGUUGGACGCCCGCGGUCAAUGUCACCACUUGGUUCCUACUGGUGACGGCCAUCCUCAGCGUGCUGACCCGGCUGGGCACCAAGUAUCGGAUUUUUCGAAGAUGGACGGUAGACGACUACCUCAGCAUUGCGUCUUUGGUGUUCUGCGCGGCACAGUCGAUCGCCGUUUCGAUGGCCACUGCGAAUGGAUACGGCGAGCAUUACGGGAAGUUGAAUGAUGCUCAGAUCGAGGGCGUCAUGAAGUCGCAGUACUCGGCCAACCUCCUGUUCGUCGCCAGCAUGUGCUUCUCCAAACUCGCCCUCACCAGAUUCGUCCACGGACUCACCCCUUCGUCGUCGGAUCGUCGGAUCGCCGUCGGCCUGGAAGUGUUCAUCGUCCUCUGGGCCGUGGCUGGCAUCAUCGCAUCGGCAUUCCAGUGCAGACCGCCCGACACAUGGGACUAUCUCCACGGGCAAUGCUUCGACCUUGAGGCAUGGCGGAAAGCCCUCGGAGCGACCAACAUCUUAUCAGAAGCCGGCAUCGUCGCGCAGGCCGUCCUAGUCAUCAGCCGAAUCCAAACCAACAUCCGCAAGAAGGCCGUUCUCGCCAGCGUCUUUGCCAUGCGCAUCUUCGUAAUCGCCGCCAUCUUCUGCCAGCUCAUCUACGCCCACAAAACCGCACACACACCAGACCCGACAUCGGAUACCUGGCCCGUGGCCGUCUCAACGCAGCUGGCCCAGUGUCUGAGCGUGGUCACCGCCUGCUCGCCGCAGUUCAAGCCGUUCCUCGACAGCCUGCGGUCGACGGGCAUGCGCGUCGACGGCAUGAGCCGCUACAACAAGUCCUACGGCUACGGGUCAAACUUGGGCUCGCGCGUGCGCACGGCGACGGCCAACACGCGCAGUCGUCGCCGCAGCGAUGCCAACGAGCUGACGCCCAUUCCGCUCAAGGAGACGCAGCAGACGCACACGCAUCAGGCGACGGUGACGACGAUGGGCGCGGCGCAGGACUGGGACGCCGAGAGCCAGUCGAGUCAGACGAGGAUUAUACGCGAGGUGCGCACGUUUACGGUGACGGAGGUGCGGGAUUCGAAGGCGUUUUGUGGAUGA